AUGAAAGGGCCAGCCCUCGGUUGGCUGGUGCUGUUAGUGGUUUCGUCCCUCAGCACAGCCCGAGCAGGUGAGCGAUGGUCUCGCCAGUUGACGGAAUUCACCGGUGGUCCAACCGUGACCGGAAACGACUGGAUUCCGCUUUCCCGGCCGGGUUCCGAACGGCAGGCUGGAGCGCGCGUUCUCAACUACUUCGCUGCACCUCAGCAACCGUUCCUAGACAGUACGGCGCAACCGCAGCAGCAUCAUUUCACCUUCCUGAACCAUCAGUUCCCGCAAUCGAACCGGUUCCUGUUGCAGCAACCUGCAGGACCUCAACCAGGACCACAACCGCAGCAGGAGUUGCUGGAGCAACCGUUCCAUUUGAGCGCGUUCCAGCGGACACCUCCAUUCGUGGGUCAAACGAUUCAACAUCCACCACCACCACCACCACCACCACAGCAGGUGACGAAUCCGUUCGAGCAGCAGUUCCUCGGAAAGUCCCCGCUCUCGGAAGCACUCAUCCAGGACGAUAAGCAGCAGCAGCAGCAGCAACAGUCGAUUCUUGAUCAACCGUUCUCGUACCAGCACGUUCGCCAACCGGAGCUCGAGGGAGGUCAACCCCAACAACCUCAAGGUCCACCGGGUGGUGCUGUGUCACAGGAAGAAGUACAGCUGCUGUACGUGCCGGUUGAGACGCUCUACAAUCAGCAGAAACCGGGUCAACCGAUCGAGAACAAUCGGUUUAAUGCGCUCCCGCAACCUGUGAGUCCUUCGCUGAUCAAUGAUUUCUAUACUGCUGGAACGACUACGACCACUGUGAAGCCUCCGACACCUGUAAGGACCUCGAGUGUGGCCACUUUCCCACCACCAGCGCGUUAUACUACCUCAUCUUCCUCGGAGACGCCAGUGUCUCGAUCCUCGAGCGCGUUUGGUGGAUCAGCAACGAGCAAACCGAAACCGAAUCAACCUCCAUUGGCGUUGUUUCUUUACAAUGAUGGUCGACAGAGUAAGUUGUCCACUGGAGAUGCUCUUGGAGGGCUGAAGAACAUCAACGAGAUCGCUGUGUUGGAUGCGUUCGGUAAAAACACCCCGAAGGUGUUCAUUGGCCCAUCGGGACUUGCACCACCGAAAAGCUACUCCCGAUUCGAUCUACCGUAUCUCUCCAGUGUGGAUCUGUCCUCGAACCGUGCUAACCGGAAGCUGGAAGACUUGCCGUUCUUUGUGGCCCCACUAAGCUACAAAACCCCCGGUGGGUACUCAAAAAUCUCGCUUCCAGCACCCCACGUGGGUUCGAUCGUCGUCCGUCAAAGUGCGGCCGGAAAUUCGCUCGAUCAUCUUAGUGGUAGCGCUGGUGGCGCCCUCUAUACCCGUCCAACGGCGGCUAGUAACGUGCAGUACUACACACCGUCCACGUUGACGUUCGGUGAGGGUCCAACAUCGACACCGAAAACACCGCUAGGAGCCACCGGAAAGCCGGCGUACGAUGCGGAUCAUUACACGUCCCCAACGGGAAAACCAUCGACGUCCUACAACACGCCCUUUAACUCUGGAAACCCACGACAUCCGGCCGCUGUGAACGAGGAGUACUUCAACCUAGCGAAAACGAAGAAACCCACCACGACGACGGUGCCCCCAACAACGGCUAACUAUCCGUUCCGAUCGUACGGUAGCACGCGUCAGUUUGACUUCCGCCCGAUGCCGGAACAGAAGCUCCCACCGGCAUUCUACGCACCUGAGGAGGAUGACUCGGCGACGACACUUCUCGCGACGACGACGACGACCACGACGGAACGUCCAACGACGAUCCAGCAGCACUUUGAAGCGGAACGGAUGCGUACGCACUUCCGGGAGGAGAACUUCCGCGGACGUCGACCACAUCACCCACAAACCACACCGAGUGUGGGCCAACAGGAGGCACAGUUUGUGCACAAGUUCAAGCUGGUUGAUUCGGUGAGACCAAAACCACAGGCUGGUUCCUCAUCCGUGGUGGAUCAUGGCUUCCUGGACUUCUUUGGUCCAUCAUCUCAGCAGCAAACGAGCUCUCACGGAGAUGAGAUGGUCCGGACGACGAUCACGACGAGUCUGCCGGGUGGUGGAUCCAUCCGUAACAGCUAUUAUAGCACCGGAAGUGGUCUAAACGAGGAUGUGGGCCCCAACCGACACAGUAAGUACGUGAGCACGUAUUAUAGUCCAUCGACGACGAGUGCUGGAACAACGGCACCGACGACACCGGUACCACCGACAACCUCGCAGGAUGCAUUCUUCCGGGACUUUGAGCACCGCAGUAAGUUCUUUGAGCGUGAACCCAAGUUCGAGAGUGCUUUCCCGACGACACUUGGCACGACUUCCGGUCCGAGCUACAUCAACAAGUACCGGUACGAAACGGACACGUACAGUGACGCCCCGCGGUACUCCGUCGAGGUGAUCACGACGAGUGAACCAUCCACCGGACCACCGGUGGAGUCGACGACGGAACAGCAACACUACAGCAUCCCGUCAGAGUUGCCACCGAUCAGUGCCAACCUGCCGGGGCUUGUAAACGCGUUGAUGGAUGACCAAUGGUCACCGAAGACACCGGGUGCUGUUGCGGGUAAUACGCGUGGUUCCAACUUCCGGAAACAGUUACACCGCACAACGACACAAGGUUCGGAGGUGUACGAUGGUGAAACGAUCACAACGACCACCACUAGAAGACCGCUUCAGCGUGGACGACGACCACAUCCUUCACGCACGACACCGGCACCGGAUGCCACAUCGGGCGCGGGUGAAUAUUCGAGCACUCGAGCACCGGUUUCACGGUCACGAUCACGAUACGUCCCCAACAAUGAGGAACGACCGGCUUCACGUGGACGUAGCAGGAGUCGCACGACGACACCACGUGGUCCUCGCAAGGAAGAAGAGAACCUCGACUACCAGCGUGAUGUUUUGAAACAAAACUACCCUGUCAUAAGGCCACAGGGUGGUUCUGCUCCGAAUACGACACCCGUUACGUCACUACCACCAACGACGGUGUCGACAACACCCUCGACUACGCUGCAGGAGGUGUACGAAGAACCAGCAGAGCGGCUUAUCUCGACGACGCUCGCCAAUGAGGUCCCACAAGAGGCCGCUGUUGAUCCUCAACAGCAACAGGUGACACGUAAAUACUCCACGUACUACACCGAGCCAGCGUUUGAACCGGAAAUGACAGCUGUCACCACGGUUGUGCCACCACAAACAUCAAACUAUUACGUGCCGGUGUACAGCACGGCACGCUCACUACCAACCACCGAAGAAGAAGAAGAGUAUACCCGUCCGAAAGAAGUGAUCCCGUUACAACGUGAUCCGGAGCCAGUGGUUCAUUCAGUCGUUCCUCUGCGCUCUGCACCUGAAGCGCCCUCUGGCGGAUCACCCCAGUACCAACCGGUGACGGAAAGUGACGAAAAGCUAACGACCGCUUACGGCCAACUACUCGAAGAUGCGAUGGAACUGAAGAAGCUGGAAGUACCGGUACGACCCCGCCGGCCAGGACUCGUGUCACGCCAACGGGACCCGCAACAAACACACGCUUCACGCACGACCACGGAACGUACGACGACGUACCGCACAACGACACCCGAACCGGCAACCGGUCCUGGUGUGGGUUCAUCCCGUACGGCUUCCGGCCGUCGCCCCGCGUUCGUGCGACGACCAUCGCGACUGUACGCGACCACGACCGCUAGCCCGGCGCCAACAACGACCGCAGGAUACGGUGGCGAUCAACCACCGGUAUCCACGCAAGGAUCCUACACCGUGCGUACGAAGAACCGCCAGGAUAUCCUGCGAGGCCGAACACGGCGCCCAACGACCACGACCGAACCGACGGUGGCCGCAACGACCGCCUCUCCGGAGGCUCCGGUCACGCGAGCUUUUGGACGAGGCAGCAGCUUGCGGCGCGUUUCACCGACACUGCGUUCCCGGCAGGAGCAAAGCGCCGCUGCCACGACACAGCAACCGACCAGCACCCCGGCACCACAGAGUAGCAGUGGGCCACGGUUCCGUAUUCGCGAACGCACCCGGUUCAAUCUGCAACCGCAGGAAUCGCAGUGGUCUACCAAGCUGAAUCAGAACUCCUUCCAGCCGGUGCUGAAGUCGGAAUCACGUGCCAACGAUCUGGAGGAGCAGGAGCACGUGUCGACGGAACCGGAACCGGAGAUUGUAACCGCGGCCCGGGAGAACGAGAUGUACCUUUUGAACGUGUCCGCUAACUACGGGCGGAAGGAAAGCGACCAGGAAGCGCCCGCUGAGGACAGCACAGAGAAUAGUGUUCCCUCGUUUGCGGAUCUGCUGAACGACGUCAUGAAGGAUUUCAUCGACGACAGCAAGCAGCAGCAAAAACCCGACCCGGAGAGUGACGAAAAGGACCAGGUCAGCAGCGAGGAGCGUCCGCAACGCCGCCCAGUCGCCAACUUCCGCAACAACUUCCUGCGCAAGCGCAGCCGCUCGAAGGUGAUCGAUUCGUUCGAAACGGCCGAAUCGCAGCACAUCAACCAGGCCGCCCACCAGGUGUACAACGGUCCGUCCGGUUACGGAGAACCGCUCAAGAGCAUCGAUCAGGUUGGUUUUUCGGGCAAAAAUCUACCACCGAAGGACGACCACACGAAGCGCACGGACGAGCAGGAGGAGAACACGGCCCAGGAGGAAGCCACGGUGGCCCCUGCAGGGGACGAACCGCGAGAAACCGAAACGGAGGAAGCUUCGGUUGAGCUUGUGACCGUCGUCCUGCCGGAAGAUGCGCACGCAUCCCAAACGACCACCGUCAGUCCAACGGAAGAAGUGUCCACGUUGGCAAAUGCGUUCCACACCACGACGACGAGCUUGCCACCGCAGCAGCAGGACCGUGGUGAGGUUUCGAACACCGUCGAACCAGUUGUGGAAGAUGCCGAACCAACCGUCGGUUCCGCGGAAGAAGAUCCGGCCGCGGACAAGAACGUCGGAGAUGGGAUUUUUGCGGACGUGAAGAAAACGAUCUCCGAUCUGUACGAGAUGGCCGAACAUGAUGCCGAAACGGAGGAGAUGGUUGAUGGUGGCGUCGAUGACGUGGAACAAGACGAUUUGCAAUCGACGGACGAACCGUUGGCCGGUGGGGAUGCGAACGGUGAUGAUGAUGGCGCUACGGCCACGGAUGAGAGCCCGAGCGAAACGCAGUACAUUGCAGUGACCGCGGAACCGCCAACGUUCGUUAACCCGAUGGGUUCGCUCGUCAUUCCCACGUCCGUGUCGAACGGGAUCACGCAUGAGACGGAGAUCUGCUACCGGGGCCGCUGCAUAAAGACGGAGGACGACAAGCGGAAGCGGAAGUUCAAAUUAAACUAAGGGGGAUGGGCACGGUCUGCCGGAAUGCAUCCACGCAACCCCAAAACCAGCGGGUUGCGGAUGUCUGUGUGUGUGUCGAUAGUCUGUAAUAAGUGUAGAGUCUUAUUUAUUUUAGUACCUAGC